UGCGAAUACCCUACUGGCACCAAAAGCUCCCAAGUAACAAAUGAUGUUCAACUUCCAGAGUUUUGUGGAGGUAUUCGCCUUCGAUCCUGAAUGCUCCUACGAUGAAAAAACGGUGUCGACGAUCGAAGCAAACCGAAAGGAGAUGGAGGGACUCUUCAUUGAUCGUGUUAUGAAGGCGAUGAGCAUUACGAGGCCGCCGAAAUACUAUCCUCCAAAGUCCAAUAAUGCCCUGAGAACGCUCCAUAAAACCAUUAUGGAUACCACAUCCAGCGACCACCACAAAAUUUCUGUGCUUUACUAUCUGCUACUCACAUUCGACUUCCCUACCGGCAAAAGAGAGUAUUCGACGGCGCUUGAGCAAAGUACCUUCUUGCCCCAGAAGUACCAGAUAUACAUGAAAGGACUAUGGCACAUGGACCGAAAGGAAUUUGAUUUGGCAGUACAAUAUCUUACACACCCAUCGUUGAUUCCUACAUUCGCCGAUGAGAUUCUAGAAGUCUUGGUCAGAAAGUCGAGGGAGGAUCUCACGCUUGCGCUGGCUUAUUUCCAUACUGCACAACCGACUCUUACUAGCCGAACCGCGAUCGAAUGCUUGUUUUCUGCGAUUGCGAGGACCAGCGUCACCGAAGCUUUCUACUUUGCCCGUGGCCAGCCGCAAUAUGCUCAGCGACAUAUGUUUGAGAUGCUGAUCUCGGUGGUUCUCCACAACUCUCCUAAAGAGACGAUUGCUGAUCGAAGUGUGGAACUCGUUAACCUUCCUCUGUCUGCCUUGGAAGAUGAAUGGCUUGAGGACUAUCUCAUACGUGGAGAUGGCCGAACGUUGAAGAGAGGCAAAGAUACACUUAUAAUGAGAAAAAUCGCUACGGGCAAUUUCUCUGAGCCGGUUACGAUGAAAGGGAGCAAUCAUCGCGCAAUAGCUGGGCUGGAUUGGAGCAGUCUUUCGGAAGGAAUCAAAAGCGGACUUGGCAAUCGCCUGCAGGAAUGAAACCUCUUAUGUGGGUUUAUUUUGAUGGAUUGUGCAUAGCGACGGCGCCCCGGUUUGGGCUUACAUUAAUGGUCACUGGAGAUGAAUCUCGAAGGGAGGGGAGAGCGAUGGGACGUGAACGACUGAGUGUACGCAGAUAACGAUAACUCUACAUCCGAGCAAGCAUCGAAGGUAGUUUCUUCGAGCCUUGAAAUUGAUAAUCUGCUAAUAUUGAUUAUACGUUAUGUGGGUCAACGUUUGAUUGGAUAGCCUAUUAAGUCAACAUCUUGUUCAUACAAGUGUACAGCCUGGCUUGUGAAAUGUUGGAAGCAUGUAUCCCAAGCCGUCGAGUGCCACUGCACCCUAUGAGUCGGGUAGUCUGCGUCUCAUGCUCGCUGCUACGACGUGAAACCCAGAAUGGAGCCUUUCUUAGAGCUGGGGUUCAUCGCUGGGCUUUCACUCGUUUGCAUGUUGGGUAGCCCAUGACUUUUAUUUCAGGGCUGAUUCAAAUUGUUUAUGCUCGAUCUGAAGCUCUAUGUCGACUUCUUACUUCUGAUGAUGCCCUUGAUAAUCUCGCGGGCUCUGCAUUAUCCGUAGAUGAAAGUGCGAUAGAUAGGAACCACAAACGUCUGUCAAUGAAUUUGAGAUAUUGCGACUUCAGAAAAUUGGAUGUCGAUUCGCUUAGUUCGGAGGACUGUUGUUUACCUCAUUCAGAUGGAAUUUUGUCGCUCC